AUGAAUGAGUUCCAGCUUUAUCACUACCUCGAGGCUUUGAAAACCGACGAGAAUGGAUGGCGUAAAUCGACCGACAACAUCGUUGCGAACAAUUUAAGCACUGAUGAAGAGCAUUUUCUUCUUCUGCAAGUGAUCGAAGACUAUCUCUCUCGACGCUAUGCUCAAGCUGAUGCUGAUAGUGUUAUGUGCAUCCGCAAUCUGCUUUCGCAUUGGAUUCAGAAGCUCUCCACCCAUCCUGAUCAACCGGGUUUCUUGGUGAACAAGAUGGCACAUAUCUUCUCAUUGGUAUUUGCUGCAGAUUUUCCCGAUAGAUGGCCCACUUUUAUGGAUGAUAUAUUUCUUUCUCGAGGAAUGGAUAAUGUCCCAUUAGUCAUAUUUUAUUUGAAGACGCUUCUGGCAAUCGACUCAGAAGUAGUAGAUCGAGAUAUACAGAGAACUAAAACAGUUUUCGAUCGCAAUACUAAGAUCAAGGACUUCAUGCGUGAUUUAUGUAUUCCACAAAUUGUACAGAGUUGGUGGACAAUCUUGGUAAGUGCUCAAAUCUUGAUCAUAUUCUUGAAUUUACAAAACAUUGAACGUUGCUCAGACGUGACCGCUCAGUGUCUUUGCCUUGAUGCAGUUGCUGCAUUUGUCGAUUGGAUUGACGUAGAACUUGUGGCCAACGAUGUUUUUGUUCCAUUAGUAAUUGCUCGACUGGGAAACAAGGACAUAUCGGAGCAUCUUUUGAAUUCAAAGUAUGUAGUUUUGCUUGGAGGCGCCAUGGACUUAAUAGAAGGGUGUACGUGGGGGUCAAAGGAUAUCAGAUGGAAACCUUUCUUUUUCUGUGCUGGUGCUGUCAGAAGUGCUCUCUGA